UCAGUCUCCCAUCUGACUGGACUUGGAGGAUCACUUGUUUGGAGUUAGCUUCCAAACAGUUCUGGUUAAAGUUUAGGAUCUGGGGCCACAUCUUGGAAUUUGACCUUGAAAAACACCUUAAAGCUUCAAUCAAUGCAACUCCAACUGUGAAGAAAUUUCCAGGUGAGACAAUUGUCUCUGUCCCAUCCACCAGCAUGUUUGAACCCGUGUGUGACGCUGUGGGCGGUUACGGCCGAGGGCGGCCACAGCUCUGCAGCUGAAAUGGCUCUGGAAGGUAAAACUGCGGUGGUGACGGGAGCAGCCAUGGGCAUAGGGAAAGCCAUGACGGUGAUUCUUCUGCAGAAUGGAGCCAAGGUCGCCCUCUUAGACAUAAAUGAGACCGCAGGGGAGACUUUAAUGGAGUCACUGAAAAAAACGUAUGGAGCAAAAACUCUGUUCAUGAAAUGUGAUGUGGAGUCAGAGGAGCAGAUCAAAGCUGCCUUUCAGAAAACCAAAGAAACUUUGGGAGGAAUCGACAUCUUGUGCAACAAUGCCGGCAUCUUGAAUGAGGCUUCGUGGGAGAAAACCGUCUCCAUAAACCUUACGAGUGUCAUCAGAGUGGCUUACAUCGCUGUGGAGCACAUGAGCAAGCUGAAGGGAGGUCAAGGAGGGGUCAUCGUCAACACGGCAUCCAUGGCAGGUAUCAGCCCAUUUGUGACCUGUCCCACUUAUACAGCUACCAAGUUCGGAGUGAUCGGAUUCACUCGAGCCAUGGGGGGUGCUUCUGAUCGACUGGGUUAUGGCAUACGGUUCAAUGCCAUUUGUCCAGGUUUUGUGCAGACUGACCUCUUGGCUGGUAUCCCAGAUAGACUGGGACAAUUCAGUGAACUUGGUGAAUCCACGGGAGUCAUGAUGGAAAAGAUUGGUAUUUUAACUACGUCUGAUGUAGCCGAGAGCCUCCUGGAAAUCGUGAAAGAUGAAACCAGAAAUGGAGAGGCCCUCCUGGUGUUACCAAAUCAGAGGAAAUAUGUGGCAUUCCCAACAUUUCAGUCACCACUAAUCUAGAACAUCUCACAGGAUCAACAGUUUAUAAUUAAACAAAAUUAUAAUCAGUACAUAUCUGAAAAUAUUACAUUUAGUCUUUUCUGCAAUCGGAAUUUUUGUAUUUUUCAUUUUGUUUAAUCUUAAACUGAGAAACAAAAAAAGUUUUUGAUGUUUGAUUAAAAAUGUUGACAAUAGAAUAAACAUUUGUAAAUGUUAUGUGGAAUGAACUGAAAUGAGAAAUGCUAAAAUGUUUGUAUCUAUCACAAAAUGGAAUUUUUUUUAUUACAGUAACAUAGAAUUAUGUGACAUUCUGGGAAUUUAUUGCCAGACAAAAUAUGAAAUUAAAGCUAUUUUAGUUGGAACGGCAUUACAUGAUAAUGAGAAUAAAACAUUUAUUCUGCAGAUAGAGGGGGAACUCAUUUUAAGUUUACCUCUUUUUUUUACAGAAUUGCACACGCUAACAGGGGUCCUAGUAAUACCCGGGUGACAGAAAAGUCGUGAGGAAUGACAGAAAAGCAGUACCUCAGUGAUUAGGUGGUCUGGAACGAAAAGGCGGCUGGCUGGGCAUUCUCUGGGAACAGGAUUGUCACGAUGUGCCUCCUCAAUCUUCUUCUCCAGACUCAGACAAGAAACUGCCAACCUCACAGACUGAAGGAGAAUGUAAUCUUCAUCACCACAGGCUUGGGUUGACCCUGUUUGCUCAUGCAUCCAGGAUAAAGCAUCAGGCUUACUGUUCUUGGACCCUGGUCGAUAGGAGAGGGAGAAGGCAAAACGACUGAAGAAGAGGGCCCACCUUGCCUGUCUGGGAUUUAGCCUCUUGGCCGUUUUAAAUGUAUUCAAGGUUCCUAUGGUCCAUCCAGACAAUGAACAGGAGCUCUGCUCCCUCCAGCCAAUGACACCACUCCUCCAGUGCCAGUUUAACCACCAGCAAUUCUCGGUCACCCACGUCAUAGUUUUGCUCAGAUGAAGACAGACACCUGGAGAAAUAAGCACAGGGGUGGACCUUAUUAUCAGAGGGAUUACAUUGACUUAACACAGCACCUACCCCUGUAUUGGAGGCAUCAACCUCCACAAUGAACUGGAGAGCCGGAUCAGGGGAGCAGAGAACUGGAGCAGAUGUGAAUAGUGUUUUGAGGUGGGUGAAUGAGAGGUUGGCUUUACCAGACCACAUGAACGAUACCUUGGAAGAUGUGAGAGCAUGGAGGGGUACUGCAACAGAGCUGUAGUUCUUUAUGAAGCGGUGGUAAAAGUUGGCAAAAACCAAAAACCUCUGCAACUGUUUUCAGUUCUUGAGUUUGGGCCAAUCUUGGACUGUGGACACCUUGGCAGGGUCCAUGGAAACCUGAUUAGGGGCUAUGAUAAAUCCGAGGAAGGAGACUGUGGUCUUGUGAAAUUCACUCUUUUCUGCCUUGAUGAAAAGGUUGUUCUGCAGGAGCCUGAGGAUGACAAAACGUACAUGCUUCCUGUGACAGGUUAGGUCCUUGGAGAAAACAAGAAUAUCGUCAAGGUACACAAAUACAUAAUGCCCGACCAUGUCUCUGAGCACAUCAUUGAGCAGAGCUUGAAAGACAGCGGGAGAAUUGGUGAGGCCGAAAAGCAUGACCAAAUACUCGUAAUGGCCUGUGGGUGUGUUGAAGGCAGUUUUCCACUCAUCCCCCUCUCUGAUCCUAACUAAGUGGUAAGCAUCAUUACUUAAGUCCAACUUAGUAAACACCUUGGCCCCUUGCAGCAACUCAAAUGCAGUAUUCAUAAGGGGAAGAGGGUACCGACUCUUUAUAGUGAUGUCAUUAAGCCCCCUGUAAUCAAUACAGGGGUGUAGAGAGCCAUCCUUCUUCCCCACAAAAAAAAAUCCUGCACCAGCAGGUGAGGAAGAAGGGCGAAUAAGACCACCUUUAAGAGAGUCACUGAUGUACCCCUGCAUGGCUUUGUUCUCAGGCCCUGAGAGGGAGUACAGACAUCCCCGUGGUGGGGAGGUGCCACCUGUGUCUAUAACACAGUCGUGACGACUGUGAGGUGGAAGAGCCGUGGCUUUGUGUUUAUUGAAAGCUUCCUUGAGAUCAUGGUAUUCAGGGGGUACUUUGCUCAGAUCGGGAUAAGUCUCUUGGAUUCCAUCAGAAAAGGGGCGAGGGGCCUCAGCAUGGGACAGACACAUGGCAGGACAGUCUUUGCCCCACCCAAGAAUUUCUCCCAUUGUCCAGUCCAGAUGAGGAUUGUGAAGCUUUAGCCACAGUGCGCCAAGAAUCAUUGGUAACUCAGGUGUUCUGAUAACCAGAAACUUGAUACUUUCAUGAUGGUUACCCCCAACCGUGACUUUAAUGGGUUCUGUGGUGUGAGUAACCUUGUGGAGCAGGUGACGAUCGAUGGCUCGGACCUCCUGAACACGUCCAAGGGGUGCAAGGCUUAUCUUGAGAGCAGAAACGAGGGUCAUGUCAAUUAAGUCUGCAUCAGCCCCUGAAUCCACAAAAACCGGCAGUUUGUGUUCCUGUCCUUGAAGUUGGAGGAUAGCCUGUAGUGGUGGCAGAAAAGAGGGUUUAGUAGUGCACUGAUGGCUCAGAAGAAGCCUCUUACCUCCUAAUGAGCUUGGUCUUUUAAUGGGCAAGCUUGGGCUUGGUGUCCCUCUUUGCCACAAUAAAAACAGAGGUCAUCCUUUUACCUCCUCACGUUCCUUCUCUGACAGCCUGCUCCAGCCGAUCUGCAUUGGCUCAGAUCCCUCUGGGAUUGGUGGGGAGAUUGGGGCAGCAGGAAAUGAAGAUGUUAAUGGUCUGUACCCACCGUCUCUGCGGGGUAGUGAAAAUGUCUUGAACCAUUCACUCCUCCUUUCUUGGAGCCGUAACCCCUAGUUCUUCCAGGCUUUCGGGGACAUCCCUAGAGGAGAGUUCAUCCUUAAUCUCCUCGCUCAGACCUUGAUAAAAGACGUCACACAAAGCAUCAUCAUUCCAGUUACUGUCAGCAGCACAUGUAUGAAAAUCAAUGAUGUACUCUGCCACUCGUCUCCGGCCUUUGUUUUAAUUUCAAAAGACCCCUUGCUGCCUCACACCCAGGAAGGACAGGACCAAAAACCCAAGCCGUCUGAAUCCUGGCUAUUUUUAUAAAACACCACCUGUUCGUAUGAGUAACAGAUGUCAGAGUCCCUUUGCAAUUCUGGAGUGCCCCAUAAUUUAGCUUUGCCGGAGGGGAGUGAAAUGACCACGUAGGGUCGCGGGGGGCACGACAUGGACAAAAAUCAUAAAUCCUUCUUGGUUCUGGGUUUGAUCUUGUACUGUAAAAUGCAGCAUUACUUUGUUUAGAAUCAGUUUCAGUUGCACUUUCUGCUUGUUUGAGCAAAUAAAUUAAGCUUUAAGAAGA